AUGUCGAAAUUCGACCCUUAUGAACACCUCAAUAUCUCUCUCAAUCCCGAUGGUUCACUCACUCGCUUCAUCAAGCUUCCGACCUCCCCCGCGACUGGAGACUCAAGCCAAAUCCCAGGCCAAGCAGUGGUCAGCAAGGAUCUUAUCCUAAAUGCUGAAAAGAAAACUUGGAUGAGAAUUUAUCGUCCAACAAAAUUACCUUCCAAUGACAAUUCCAUUGCCAGGCUUCCCAUAAUAAUUUUCUUCCAUUGUGGUGGUUGGAUUACAAUGAGUAUUGCCGAUACCAUUAUCCACGAACAGAGCAACAGAAUCUCCAGCGAAGUUCAGGCGAUAGUGGUGGCAGUGGAAUUUCGGCUGGCUCCGGAAAGCCGGCUCCCGGCUCAGUACGAAGAUGCGACUGAUUGCAUCUUUUGGAUUCAAAAACAAGCUCUGAAUGCCAAUGGUGAGCAGUGGCUAAGAGAUUAUGGAGAUUUUUCCAGAUGCUACCUUUAUGGAGUCAGUUGUGGUGCAAAUAUUGCAUUCAAUGCUGCACAAAAAAUGCUCGAUCACAAACUGGAACCCCUAACCAUUGCUGGGAUCAUAUUAAACCAGCCAUUUUUUGGAGGAAAAAAUAGAACAAAAUCAGAACUAAAACUUGCUACUGAUCAGUAUUUUCCUUUGCCGGUUCAAGAUCUUCUGUGGGAACUGGCAUUGCCACGAGGAACCGACAGAGAUCAUAGAUUUUGCAACCCUUUUAUUGAUGGACCAAUCAAGGAGAAAAUCAAACAUUUGGGGAGGUGUUUAGUGAUUGGAUUUGGGGGAGACCCUUUGAUUGAUAGACAACAAGAUUUUGUGCAAAUGUUGGUACAGCAAGGGGUGUUAGUCGAAGCAAGAUUUGAUGAUGUUGGAUUCCAUGGAAUUCAUUUGAUCGAUACUCGAAGGGCUUCGGCUAUUUUAAAUUUUAUCAAGGAGUUCGUUUGA